GGAACUCCGAGGCACAGCGCGCGGGCAGGGAGGCGGGAGGCGCGCCAAGGCCAGCCUGGACAGGGGUGGCAGCCUGCCGAGGGGCGGGAGACCCUCCCGUGGGAACUGGGCUGCCUCCUCCAAGCGCCUCGGCCACAUUGAAUAGCCACGGCUGGGCCGUCUUUGUCUGCGAAGUCCUCUCCCAAGUUCCAGGCGCGCCUCUGGUGCCCGGGGCAGGAAGAAUCGCGGGGAGCCCAUGCGCCCCAACUUGGGGCGGAGACACCACGAUUUCAGCUGGCAGUGGGCUUUGAACCUCAGGACUGACCUCACCCCGGCUCAAGUAUGUUUCCUGAAAACUGAUUCCCACCAGUCGUCGGGGGAGCCGGCCUUGGACCAGACGGAAACUUGUCCCGGCGGAGAAAUGGGAAGUGUCGGCUCAUCCCUGCUGGACAGGUUUCAUCCCGGAGAUCUUAAGGACCCUGGACUCCCCUCCCCCAACUUCCUGAUCCUCCGGAGCGUCCGGGACGGCGCCAAAGAUGUGGAUCUGGACGCCCUCGUGGAAGCCCUGAAGCCCGUGGGGACCUUUAAAAAGCUCGGCAAGGUGUUCCGCAGGGAGGGGGACGCCACCGCGGGGAUGCUGCAGAUCGGGGAGGAUGCAGACUGUUUGCUUAUCCCUCUCGAGGUCAGGCUGGCGGGGCGGGGGGGGGGCGGCGUCUGGAGGGGCAUCUGCAAGCCCACCAGCAAGGAGGCGGAAUGUCGCGAGCGGCAGACCCAGUUUCUGGAGGAAGAAGGUCGCGCCCUGGAGGAUGACCGCCUCAUUGAGAAGAGCACCCCGCAGCCACCCCCACCCCAAAAGCCCAAGGAGCCCUGAGUGAGGAGAGUCCAGCAGAUGGUGACCCCUCUUCCCCGGCUGAUCGUGGGUACCUAUGACAGCAGCGACGCCAGCGACAGCGAGUUCAGCGACUUCGAGACCUCCAGAGAGGAGGGUGGCAAGGGCCACGGCCCUGGGCGUGGCAGGAAGGUGCGCAAAAUGCCCUUCAGUUACCUGGGCAGCAAAUUCCUGGGGAGCGACCUGGAGAGCGAGGAUGAGGAGGAACUGGUGGAGGCCUUCCUCCGGCGGCUGCCUGCCUGACGCCACCGCGUGAACCAGCCGCUGCCCGCGUUUGAAGGCAACCUGGGGCCCCCGACCAAAGCAGACAGGUGGCGAGAGUGUGUCAGCCAGGUGUCCUGGGGGAAGCUGAAGCGGAGGGUGAAGGGUUGGGUGCCCAGGUCCAGCCCUGGAGUGGAAGAGGCCCAGCAGGACUCCGCCAGGGUGAGAGGGAGGGGGUGCCAUGUAGCGCAUCAGGGGGGUAACGUGGGGAACGCAGGAGAUGGGCUGGUGCCUGAGCCCCCCACAAGGCGGUGGAGGCCCAAGGUCAGCUGGGCCUCGUUUAGGCUGCACUGGAAGGAGGAAGCAGCAUCCACAGCUCAGGGGGUGGAGGCUGCAAGUGAUCAGAGGGCGGAGGCCAUGACCGACCAGGGGGGCAGGUGUUGUCAUCAUCAGGGGGCAGAGGCCCCAGCUGUCCAGGACGCUGAAGCCUUAGCUCCCAGGGCGGCCCCAGGAGCAGCCCCAGGAGCUAGGGCCGGGAAGCAGGCGAAGACAGUGAGGUUCCAGACCCCAGGAUUUUCAUGGUUUCUCAAGUGCCGGAGAGCCUUCUGGCACACUCCCCGGUUGCCCAAGAGAGUCGCCGGGACAGGCGAGGACAGGAGCCUCCGCAUGCUGAGGGCUGAGGCCAGAGCAGCAGCGGAGCAGGGAGAGCAGGAGGACCUGCCUUGAGGAGAGGGCAUGGGAGCCACAGAGCGCCUGCCACCUUGAGGGCCACUCAGGGCGCGUUCCCCCCUCUGCACUGGACACGGAUGCUCCUUCUGCCCCACACGUGAAAGUGGAGUAGAGGGCCAGGCAGCGCCCAGCACAUCUCCACCCAACACCCCUCUUUCUUUUCUUGUGAAAUGUUUCUUUCAUGCAUUGAUUUUUUAAAAAAUACAGACUCUUUGUAGUAAUCCAAGGAAUGUAAAAAACAAAAACAAAAACAAAAAC